GGUUGUGUAUGCCGUGGCUGGACUUUGACAGGGGUGCAUGUGCGGCUUCUGAAGAGCCUCGGGAAAUGAAUGGUGCUCUAGAAGGGGCUUGCGCUCUGGCAGAAGAGGAGACGGCUCUGUGGAAACCCCUUGUUCUGCUGAUUCCUCUAAGACUGGGCCUCAGUGACAUAAACGAAGCCUAUUUUGAACCACUCAAGCAAUGCUUCAUGAUGCCUCAGUCUUUAGGAGUAAUAGGUGGGAAGCCGAACAGCGCUCACUACUUCAUUGGCUUUGUAGGUAAGCAGAGUUUUUCAAGCUAAACCUAUAAAAAGUCAGUUCCAAUAGCAAAGUAAGUAAACUCUUUGCAUAUCUUUGUUAUUGGCAUAACAAAAUAAUGCGUGC